UUGGCUGAGUUGAACCCAGGCGUCCAAUGAUUGGUCGAAGCGGGCGGUUUAAAAAAUGUUUCGUUUUUUUCUGAGGUAAAGAUGAAAAAAAUAAAACAUAGCGGUAGAAUUCAGGAUGUUAGUGUCGAUUAGCCGUGUGUGCUAGCAAUAAAACACCCGGAUGUUAAAAAAUAAGCGUUUAGAAUAAAAUCAGCGAGUUUAAGAGGGAUUUGUUGGGACAGAAGGAGAAUAAAAGCAGAAUGGAUAUCCACUUUUAUCUGCAAGGGUUCGAGUCCAGUAUGAGGAGCUAUGCUGGAGAAGAUCCUCUGGAUCCCUGGGAUAAGUUUGUGGAUUUUUUAGACGCCAGACUGCCUCCUGAGGAGAAGAGUAACAUGUCUGUGGUGAUGGAGCGCCUGGUGCAGACCUUCCUGCAGGACAAACGCUACCACGACGACCUCCGAUUCAUCAACCACUGCAUCAGAUGUGCCAGUUACCACCCAGACCCAGUGAAAGUGUACGGUCACGUGCACGGUUGUGGUGUGGGGACGCAGACGGCCGCUCUGUACAUCAGCUGGGCUCAGCAGUGUGAGAGGAGGAACCUGAACCCUCAGGCGGAACAGGUCUAUCAGAGAGCGCUGGAGAACCGAGCGGAACCUCUGGACACCCUGCAGCACCACUACAGGUUAUUCCAGAGCAGAACAGGACGGACUCAGACCUCUCCCUCAGAUGCAGUGAGUACACCCCUGCAGGAUUCUCAGCUGAUUAAUCAGCAGCUGCGUCAGAGAGACAGCGUACAGCCGCAGUGUAAAGAUUUGGGGAACUCUCAGUUUCCUGCAGACAGAACCAUCCGCAUAAUCUCGCGGUCGGAGAAUAACCCUCGGCCCAAAAGCAGCGGCGUGACGGAGUGUGUGUCCAUGUACUGCGCGAGUGAGCUCGUGUGUGAGGGAUCAGAGCUGACCUUCGAGGAGCUGAGAGCUCGACGAUACUUUACCAAAGUCAGACAGCAGGAACUGCAGAGACAGCAGGAGGAGGUGAUGAGGAGAUAUGAGGAGGAGGAAGAGGAGGUGGUGAGAAUGAAGAAGAUGUUAGAGGAGCUGAACAGCAAACUGACUGAUGAGCCACACCUGCAGCAGGUUACUUCAGGGCCCCACCCUAUCCAGAGCAGAGAGGACACGCCUGAUCCCACCGACCAAUCAGAAUCGCCCAGCGGCCCGCGUGUGCCUGAGGCGUCUGUCACACACCCCACACACACGUCACUCGCUCAGAGACUGCAGCACACACUCACACUCACUGCACACACACGCAGCCCCGCCCCAACACAGAGUGUGUGUGUGAGCCGGGAGGAUCCGCUCGCCGGGGCGGAGUGUACGAGUCUCGCCCGGCAACGGGACACACUCGAGCGUGACGCGUCGGUCCGGGAAGAAGCUGAAGGCGACUUGAACACAGACGUGUCUCACGGAGGAUUUAAUCACUCUCACGUCACUCCUAACACAUCUCUGGGUCUAAUCUCAGCGACUCCUUCACGUGCACUUCCCUCCCCCACCGUCAACACCAGAGAGGCCCUGGAUCUGAUCGGGAACAUGUUCCAGGGACCGACUCUGCUCCAGGACUCGCUGUUCAACACCACACACAUCAACACUGCUGAGGAAGACAGCUUCGAGAGGAACUGCAGAGUCACCGGUUUCGCAGCCUCCUCAGCGAAAGCUCCAGCCUCAGCUCCAGCCUCAGCUCCAUUCAGGAUUUAUCAGGAUGAAAAUAACGAGAACAGAAGUGUGGAUCCGCAGGUGGUGAUGAAGCCCAAACCUGCAGCGCUUCGUGCCCUGAUGGAGCUCCCUGUCUCUAAAGCUAAUGUCACUCCCAUGGGGGCGGAGUCUCUUACUGAUGACAGCACAAUGUGGGGUUCUGGACACGCCCCCAUGGCCUCCUUCCCCAAUCACACGCAAGACUUUGCUCUCUCCGCCCACUUAAUGUCCACACCGCUCCACCCCUUUACACCGUACUCCAGGGACACACAGCACAGCCAAGUGGAAAGUGGAGCAGAGGAAAACCCGUACCUGCGCCAGCCUGCCAAACUGAGUCCGAUUCUGGAGCAGAGUCCCCCCGAGGAGAAGCAGUGUGGCGGUGCCGAGUGCACUCUGAGAGCUCAGGGAACGAUCAUGGGCGAGUGCGUCAGUCUGCAGGGACACGCCCACUCUCUGACUCAGCACAAUCAGACCAACAGCGCCCUCAGCAGGCAGGCGUUAGCGCCGCUCCGCACGUUAGCGCCGCUCGCCUUCCCCGAUCAGAGCAUCGCACCCACCGAGGAGCUCAGAGCCAGAACCAAACCCAGCUGGAGCGUCUACCAGAGUCCAGACGGGGAGAUCAAAACAAGUCGAGUUAGCUCAGGCGGAGAUUUUAACUCGAGCAGCCUGCAGUGCAACUCCAACAGAGAGCUCAACUCAAGCAGCCUGGACUUGGUGAGAGAACGCAAACCAGACCAGGCCGACCCAAAGGAAGAGCUGAACUCCACUGUCCUGCAGCGUAACUCGAACAUCCUGCACAAGCCAGACCAGGUCGACUCAAGCAGCCUAACCUCGCUGAGAGAAGAGCUCAAGUCCAACAGCGUGCCGCGUAACUCAAACGCAGAGCUCGACUCAAGCAGGCUGUCCAAACCAGCUCACUGUGACUCGAACACAGAGCUCGGCAGAGACGUUAUUCCAGACCGACUCAACUCACACGAAGGGUUCGACUCGAGCAGACUCCGCCCAUUUGGAGAACUCGAACCUGAGAAGCUGAACUCCAGCCGUCUGAACAUCUUCCAGGAGAUAAACCCAGAUCAGGUUAACUCGAACCACUCGCAGCUAUCGGAUGUGGAAGAAGCUGAUGUUCUGCUCCCCGAGAGGUCCUUCAACAUGAGCAGGUCUGUAAGCCUGCUUUUGGAGAACCCCCAGAUCCACCAGCGGAAAUCCUUCAUGGUUCCACAAAGCCCAGAUCCGGUGUUUAAGGCGAGCCAGGACGUUCCCAUGAGUCCAGAACCAGCUCCCGGGUUCGGCUGGCUUCAGGUGGAGAGUCCAGUCCAUCCCUCUGAGCCUGACCUGGACGUGAUGGUGAAGUCGCCGCCUCAGCCCUCCAGACCUGCCUGGAGUGUACACUCGGACCAGCACUCGUCCUCGGUUCUGGAACGGUCCGGAAUUCUGCUCUCUAAAAGAUCGUUCGGCAGACGCAAAUCUGAGAAAACGCUCUUCCCAAGUGUAAGCGCUGCAGAGAAGUCGGUCUGUGCGAGUCCCAGUAGAGGCUCUGACCCAAUCCAGGAUGUUCCCAUGAGUCCAGCUGCAGAACCGGGACUGAACUGGAUCUGCUCAGAGAGUCCCGUACGGGAGAUGGAGGCAGAUCUGGACGUGAUGAUGACGCCACAGCAGAACAGUAGAACGUGUGCGGUGGGAAAUGUGCUGGAGAUUUCCCGAAAACUGCACUGUGACGACGUUCCCAUGAGUCCCACUGCUCCGCCCACUUCCUCAGUGUUGAUCUCUGACCCGUGGGAUGAAGACGUGAUCGCGUCUCUCCUCGCUGCUCUGCGCACUCCUCUGACCUCAUACCCCAACCUGAGCACCUGGUCAUGCUGUAUUCCCUCCAUCACCCCCAAACUCACCGUGCAGAUGGGUAAGAACACCACACACACACACACACACACACACACACACACACACACACACACACACACGCACACUGCGGGAUUUACCCCGCUGUUACUGACGAGCUCUGUCUCUCCGCCAUCAUCGUGACUGUUGUCAUGAACC